CAUUGUUUCCUCUUAUCGUUCUCAUUUAUUCAUCGUGAAUACCUAUCUGCCUUUUUCCCAUACGAGAUAUUGGAGACGCGUUAAAGUCGAAGGUAUUGGUGGUCUGAGGUUUGAGAAAUUUUACAAUGCUAUAUAGUAUUGGUGAUAAUAUAGGGUUUUGCUUUUAUGGUAUAACUUAAAAUUGUACAUUUACAUUAUGGUACAACUUUAUAUUGUAACUAUACUUUUUGUACAAAUUCUUUUAUGGUACAACUUGAACUUGUUGUACUUUUAUGUGAUGGUACAACUUCAACAUACAAAUUGCUUUAUGAUACAACCUAAACUUAUACAUUUAAUGUUAUGGUACAUUAAAGCACCAAUACUAUAUAACAUAGUAGAAGUGCUCCUCGGUUGGUCGCCUGAAUGCAGCAAAAGGAACAGGGAAUCUCGGGGAUGGAUCGUUCUCCCAUUCUUCUGCUCAAGGAUUUGUCCGACCAAAAGAUGAGGUGUUGGAGAUGGAUUCAAAAGAUAAUUGUUUAACGGCUAAUCAACUAAAUAAUAUCUGAUUCAAGCUCCAAAGAACUGUUGCUGGGAAGAUAGUGCGCUGCUGGUGUGAAUUUGUACCGAGUUUGUGUGCAAAUGUUAUCCAAAUUGUACCUAUAACAGUCUUAUGUACUAUUUAUAUGGCUUCUCAAUUGGCUUGUGACCUUUUGUUUUAUGGUUGCAUGGAUUAUGUGUUGAAAAUGUAAAUGUGCAGAGUAAGGUCCC